CUUGAGUCCAACAAUCCAGAAUAUCCGACUUUAGAACCUCAUCAGCCUUUUCAUCAGUUUCCUUGGACCCUACCUCUCACGUUCAAGUAGCUGCACUAAUGUUGGAGCUAAAUGGAUGUGGAAAGAGCACUUUGCUGACUGACACUGAUAAUGGAUUUAGAGAAGCCAAGAGGGGGUGAAGUUUUGCUUGGGGAGCAUAAUGUCCUGCCAAACUAUUUUGAGCAAAAUCAGUUUAUAUAAUUGGCAGUUUGUAAGUUCACGUUGAAACCGUCCAGUGUACUAGUUUUGGAUGAACCAACUAAUCACUUGGAUAUACCUUCAAAAGAGAUGCUAGAGAAGGAUCCUGUGCUUGGAGUUGACUUGGAAUCUGCUAUCAAGAAUGCUGUUUUUCCAGGUUUACAGGGUGGCCCUCAUAACCACACAAUUGGGGGAGUUGCAGUUAGUUUGAAGCAUGCACAGUCCCCAGAGUUUAAGUCAUACCAGAAUAAGGUGGUCUCUAAUUGUGGAGCUGUUGCUAGCCGAUUGAAUGAAUUAGGAUAUAAGUUGGUUUCUGGUGGGAGUGAUAAUCACCUGGUUCUUGUCGAUCUAAGGCCAAUGGGUAUUGAUGGAGCUCGGGUGGAGAAAAUUCUUGACUUGGCCUCUAUUACCCUCAACAAAAAUUCAGUUCCUGGUGACAAGAGUGCCUUAGUGCCUGGAGGUAUCCGCAUUGGAUCACCUGCUAUGACAACUAAAGGAUUCACAGAGAAAGAAUUUGUACCAACUGCAGACUUUAUUCAUGAGGGCGUACAGAUAACCCUUGAAGCUAAGCGGCUAGUCUCAGGAUCCAAGCUUCAAGAUUUUUUGAAGUUUGUAGCAGCCCCUGAUUUUCCUUUAUUGGAUAACAUGUUGAAAAUGUUGAACAUGUUUUCGAUUAAUAACAUUUUUCUUUUUGCUAGAAUGCAUGAUUGAAUUUGUUAGAACAGAUUACAAAUUUUGUAACCAUCCAAAUAACUAGAUAAAAGAAAAAGGUAUAAAAAUAGAUGAACAAGUUAUUUAGUUCA